GUCUAAACGGGAAGGAUCUUCACAUUCUAAUGAUUCAUACGGGGGAUAAGGAGAGAGGGACUAGUGGUGGCGAGCGUUCUGGUAGAAGCUACCAACGUGCGGAUAAAUCCCAGUCGUGUGGCCGCAGCAACGAUGGCCGUGGUGCUUCUAAAAUGGCCUGCUCAUCCUUGUUAUCUAGCAUCGAAUUGAAAUGUUUCUUUUAUGAUGGCAACUACUAUCGUGUCGACUGUCCGAUGCAAGAUGAUAGAGAGAAGAGAACGCCAGCGGGUGCCGUGACUGACUAG